UUUUUUUCUCUUCUCACAUACCUCUCUAAUAAUCAGCAUCCUCCUUCAGAUCAUACAGAAAAAUAACGGUAUUGUAACAGACAUGGUUUACCUUGGCUGGCUGGAUGGGAGGCCCGGCAUGUCAUUUUUGUUUCUGCCACUCGCAAUAACGAAAGCAUUGCAGAAAAGGCAGAUCACAACCCCAGCAGCAUACAAUAGUGACUAUUCAAGAAGGAGCUGUUGCUUGGCCAGGGCGUGGGCGAAAGGGUAUAGCAUUGUUUGCGUCACGAAUUAUCUCCUUCGCGUCUCUUUUUCCUUUGUUUCGAGUGUUUAUAUUAAGGGCGAAGACUGUCUCUGUCGGGGAGAGGAAUGGCCCAGAGGGGAGUGAAGCAAGCGCAUGGGAAGCGAGGACAAAUAAGCGGCGGUCGAGUUCUCGGGUUGACCCCGAGCGUAGGGAGGGCCAAGAGAUAGUUAUGGGUUAUUCUGACGAGAACAGAUUGGUUCGUGGAUGGAUGGUAGAUGGAUGACAUUUUACAACGUGAAUCUCUCAUCGACGGGGUUUUUGAAACGCCAUCUAUCCAUCUGCUAGUCUGUUUUUCCGUCAGCCAGUCUCGUCACGGGGAAUAAUAGGUUGAGAAAAUCAAGACGGAAAUUCAGAAACCCUGGUGCACAAACGUUAUUAAACUGAGGUUUGGUUGAUUGCUUCUUACCUCGGAUGGAUGGAUGGACGGCCUAGUUCACGGCCGGGUUUCAUUUAAUUAUUUAAUCUAGUUUACCUACACAGCUUGAGUGUCUUGGUUUGCUAUAUCACGCCAUUGUAUUUACGCAAACACCGAAGGUGAAGCAUCAUCAUCGCAACUUAUGAAACACGGUGUGAUGCAUGGGGCA